GAUUCCUCAGCAGCUAACUUUAUAUCUUUUUAUAAAACAGUAUUGUCUCAUAUUCCUAGACAUCAAUAUUUACAUUUACAAGUAUGCAGAUUUUCGCAGGCAUUGAUAAAUUUACGUAUGGGAAUGAGGCGCAAUAAUGCCAAGAUAGUCGCUAGUGCAAAAUUUCACUUAAAAGAAUUGUUCUACGGUCGACAUCACCCACAUUACCAGAGCAUUGAACUUUUUGACACCGUUCAGUACAAUACAAUGCCAAAUGUGGUGAAAACUAUUUGGGAUAACAACAUAUCUUUUACGGUGAGUGGAGACAGCUCAAAAGGACAAGAUUUGGAUUUUCUGCUAGAAGAAAAAAACAAAAAUGUGAAACAAUAUCUGCCGUCAGGAUCAAUUCCGUCCGACGAGACAUGGAAGGCAAUAUGUUGCAAUCUAAAUUUUUUUGAAAAAUUAGAAAGUAAAGUUUCAAUUCUCCUUGGGUUAAAAAAUCCUACUGAAUUUGGUACGAAAGAACUUGACAUUGAUAACGCCAUUAACAGUUUUAGACCUGUAUUACGGAGGUACAUUUCAUCAAAUGAGAAAAGCUUUGUCUCACUUAAAGGACUAGAACUACAUCCAGAUUUGUUACAAUUUUUACCAAUUUCUACUGGAAAACGUUUGCAAAAAAUCAAAUCGGAGAUUUUAUGCCAACCCAUAGAGAUUGUUAACAAUGAACCCGUAUAUGUUACAAUAAAUGAAUAAACCGAUUAUCAACACAAGCUUUCAAAGGAAAGAUUAAGCAUAAAAAUACAGAAACUUAUCGACCAAUUAUCAUCAGAUGAACUUUUGCAGAGGCAUUAUCAAACUAUUUUGGAUUCCUUAAAAAGUCCCCUAAUCAAACGUGAUGUCUAUGUAACACUUUAUUUUGAAUUGAAAGACGUGGUAAGCAGCACAACAUCAGUGUUCGUGGAGUAGAUGGGAACGAGAACUAUGAUUUCAUAUAUUAUACAUCAUACAUGGCUAGGUAUGAUUCAGAGAAUGAUCCUUCUGAGGAUGAAUUUAACAUUGAUGAUGUUGAAUCGUCUACUCCAAGAAAACCUAGAAAACCCGGCGAAAGAAAAACUUAUGAUACGCUGCAGAAAAAGAAAACAUCAGAAAUAUCCAAUGAAAGAAGAAAAAAAUCGACUGCUUUGCGUGGUAUAAAACAACAAUUUAAAAGACUUAAAGAAUUGAAACACCUAAAUGUGACUUUUGCGUUCGUGUGCUUCGAUUUGACACAACAACGUCAAACUAUUAAGAGAGAUGGGAAAGGAGCCUAUUAUGAUAAUUUGCUCAAUGGUAGACCUAUUGUGGAUAAAAGGGACAUACAAAGAAAAAAACAGAGGGAUGGGUUGACAGAAACGUAUUUCCCUCAUGAAGAAAAUUUAAGAGAAACCCAGUUCAUAACACCUACAAAAUUGUCGUGUGGUCCAGGAGUGUCCCGAAAUAUUGCCAGAGAGCAGAUGGAGACACUGCAAGAUGUAAACAUUCAGCCAGGUCAUGAGAAUGACUCCUACUCACAUGGUAUGAUUACUGUCAUAGUAUAA